AUGGAGCUGUCUGUUUGUCUGCUUCAGCCCAUCCAGGACUCACAACCAGAAUGUCAAGGCGGAGACAAGAGCCGUCUUCGUGGCCAGUUUCAACCUGCUAAUGGGGCCAAACAGCCAGUAGAAAUAUAUACCACCGACCAGUUGUACAAGUUCACCCGUCUCCAGGCCUCUCGGCCAGUUGACGAGUUUGGUGUUUGUCUGUCAAAUGACCCAAAUUGUCGGCACUACUACAGGCUGAAACGGUUGUAUGAAUGA